AAAUUUGGCUUGUUAUUUAAUUAAAUUAUUCUAUUUUUCAAAUUCGAGAAAAACAAAAUAAAUCAUUGCUUAAUUCUUUGUAUACAUAAGAACAUGAAAAUGGCAGGUGUGGUGACGAAGCACAGUAUUUAUUAAUUUAUGAAAACGUAUAACUUUAAACGAUUGAAUCUUGCCGCUCUUGACUCUAGACAAGCACAGCUUGUGGCUGAGAGGAGAGGUUUUGGGGCAGAUAACGGGUGGAAGUCGAAACGUUGACUUGUAUUGUGCAAAUGUAUAACUCUAUCAAGGUGUUAUUAAUAUAAAUAAGAGAUUCUACUCUUAUUUCGCGAAUAUAAUUAGUUAUUAAGCUUCAAAAUGCGUGUUAUAUCCUUUCUGUGUUUUACGCUACUUUUGCUCUUCCUAUGUAUAGAAGACAGUGAAGAAGUCAAAAAACAAACAUCGUCCGUCACACAAGUGGAUGACUUCAAAGAAUUUAAAAAGUUAAUGAGAUCAAAAACAAAUGUAUUAGCACUGUAUGUAAAUAAUCAUAAGAAUGCCAAAACCAUACUCGCUACUUUUAGCGAGGCAGCUAACAAAAUGAAAGGUAGAGCUACAUUGGUGUUAAUUGAUUGUGUUGGGAGUGAAGGCAAAAAGCUCUGUAAGAAGCUUAAAAUCGACAAUGCCGCACCAUAUUACAUUAAACAUUAUAAGGAUGGUGAAUUACAUAAAGACUAUGAGAGAUCGGAGACUGUAAACUCGAUUGUGAGUUUCCUAUUGGAUCCAACGGGAGAUGCGCCUUGGGAGGAAGAUCCAACUGCAACUGAUGUGUACCACCUUGCCAAUUCCGCGGCAAUAACAAACUUCUUGAAGAAGGCAUCGGCAACGCAAACAAAGGCAACGAUCAUGUUCUACGCACCGUGGUGUGGCUACUGCAAAGUAUUGAAACCCGAAUAUGCAAAGGCUGCGAACGAUUUGAAGGGCGAAGCAAUGUUAGCCGCGAUUGAUGUGUCGAAGCCGGACAAUGCAAAAAUUCGCGUCGAAUUCAACAUCACAGGCUUUCCAACAAUAUUCUUUUAUGAGAAGGGCCGUUUUCGCACAAUCUACAACGGCGAUAACAAAAGGGAUGCGAUCGUCAAGUUUGUGCGUGAUCCGAACAGCAUCAACGAGGUCCCGAAGGCCUCGCCGGCGUCGUGGUCUGAAGAUACGCAGUUGCAGCAUUUGACAGUGGACAACUUUGAGAUCACGCUCGUGGCUGUAGAGAAUGCCUUGGUGGUGUUCUAUGCGCCAUGGUGUGGCCAUUGCAAGAAACUAAAGCCGAUUCUCGUCAGGGCUCAAGAGCUGAUGAAGGCUGAAGAGAUCAAAGGUCUCAUAGCCGUGGUGGAUGUGACUCAACAAAAGGAUCUGGGUACUCGCUUCAACGUCAAGGGCUACCCGACUAUGAAGUACUUCCAUUUCGGCAAAUUCAAGUACGACGUUAAUCACCGCACUGAUGAGAAGAUCGUCGAGUUUUUCCUGGAUCCCCAAGAACCACCACCAACACUGAUAGAGAAGCCAUGGUCUGAAGAAGAGACUGCUGUACGUCAUCUCACUACGGACACGUUUAAGUACGCGCUGCGUAAAGUUAAGCACGCACUCGUCAUGUUUUACGCACCCUGGUGCGGCCACUGCCAAGCAAUGAAGCCGGAGUUCGUGAAAGCGGCGGAACAGUUCUCGGACGAUCUGAUGAUAAUGUUCGGUGCUGUGGAUUGUACCAAGGAGGCUGGGCUCUGUGCCACGUUCAAUAUCAAGGGGUACCCCACAUUGAAGUACUUUAACCAUUAUGAAAAGAUUGACGACUAUACCGGGGGUCGGAAGAUGGCGGACUUUGUUCAAUAUAUCCACACACAAUUAGACGCCACUCUUAUGCAAGAGAGAGGCAUCAAGAGUCACACCACGGACGGUUUCGGAGUCAACGUUAUUUUAGCCAAUGAUGACAACUUUCUGAAGAUACUCGGCGAUACCGAGCCCAGCUUUGUUAUGUUCCAUGCUCAAUGGUGCGGCCACUGCAACGAAGCGAAGCCAGCGUUCAGCCGCCUCGCGACCCAAAUGAAGAACGAGAACGUGUCGAUCAAAGUUGUCGCCAUCGACGUGACCAACAGCCUUCGAGCCACCGAUUUCGGCCAAAUCAAAACUUUGCCGACAUUCAAGCUCUACUCCGAAGCUACUGAAAUCGGCGUAUACGACGGCGACCGAAGCGUUGAGGACAUGUUCGCUUUCUGCCGACGCUCGCUGAAGGUUAAUGAGGAAUUGUGACUCCUAACCACCUACAGGAUGAUCAAGUUCGUCGCUGUUUUCCUCGUGUUUGCGCUACCGUUCUGGGGAAUACAAGUGUACUUGAUCAACCCUAUCGACCUGAUAUACCAAGAGGUGGCUGAAUGAACCUUGUAUGCCAUGAUAUGUAUUAUUGUGAUGGUCCUCAGAGACUGAAGUGUUUGAGACCCUUUUCAUGACUACAAGCAUGAAUUUGGAUUCAGUGUAAACAUUUGGUUGGUCAACUUUCUUGCAGAAUAGUAAAUAGAUACAGAUUAAUUACGCCUACUUUGAAAAAGCAGUUUCCAAGUUGGCAAGCGUAAUUGCUCUUCUCAAAACGUAUUAAUUUUAUCAUGAACUUACUUGUUUGAAAAGUUUUUGACAAAUAACUUUCUUGUCAACAAACACUGUUUUUCCUUGACUAAAAAUUAUUAAUGUUCAACUAAAUUUUCUUUAAAAAUGUUUAUUCUGCAAGUUGGUUGUCGGUUGAAAUUAUAAUGUUUACCUGAAUGGGGUCCAAAUUAAAAUCUACGAAUUUUAAAAACACGCACAAUAUACAUAUUAUGGUAAAUUCUUACAUGGAAAUAACUUACAUAAUAUAAUAACUAUAGUUUUCUUUUCGCGUAAGCGGGCCGUCCGGGUAGCAACUGAACUAUUUAGAAUCGACUCCUUAUAUUUCAAGCACAUUGUAGUAGAUUCACAUCCAUAUACAGUAAACUUAAAAUACUUUUGCAUCACAACAUACGUAAAAAUAAUUUUUAAUAUUUAUUUAGUCCUGCGAACGUAUUGGUAUUUAUCUUAGUAUAUAAAUCUAUGCUUUUGGUAUAGAUAAUGUAGACAUUAAUUGUCUGUGGUAUUUUAUAAUAGUCUGUAUUGUAGAAUGGAAAUAGCGCGCGUAGGUAUUAACAAAAAAAAAAAAAAAAAACUAUACGCAUAAUUUUGAGCUUAAACAGUAUGUAGUUGACUUUUAAAAAAUUACAUACUAUUUUUGGAAUAUACUAGUUAUCAAUCAAAUUAUAUGUAUGUCUUGAAUGAACAAAAUAAUCUCGUAAGUAAUGAAAUUUAUAGACUGGAUGUUAUAUGAUAAGAUAUUUUGAAAAAAUAUAUUCAGUAUGCUUAAUGUAAUUAACAUUCCAUAUCAAAGUUUACAUAGACGUUAUAAUGGCUAUAUUAUACCCAUACUUUACUGUAUUUCGAUGUUGUUAAAGACAAAAAAAAAAGACAAAAAAAAAGUAUCUUAAGUCAGUAGUGUCAAAUAUUUUACGUAAUUGCCAUGGACUUGGAACACGUGAAAUAAUAAAACGGAUAUACAAAAAAAAAAAAAAAAAAAAUCUGUACGUCUACUAUAAAUAUUUACAAUAAAAA